UUGGAUGGAAAGGCACUAUACACCAUGGGAGGUGGCAUGAAGCAUGGGCGUGUUCCAAUUGGUGAUGGUGCUGUGGAUAAGGAAACUGUUCUAGUACAUCGAAAGUCGGUGCCUUUUAAGCCAAUCAAUCCUAAUGAUUAUGAAAGGGUGCUCAAAGAAAAUGAGCAGCUGAAACAGACUAAUGAGAUACUCCUUGAUGAAAAUAGUGUCAAUCGUGCAUUGAUCAUGACAAUGUAUGCUGAUUUUGGAAAAGAACCACCUGCAGAGCUGUUGUCCCGUCUAGCAAGUAUUGAUGCACGUCGUCACCAGACUGCUGGAUCGUCACAUGGAGCCUCCCACUCAGUUGAUGACAGGCGUGAUGAGAGUGACGACGAUGACGACAGCUACCAUGAAAGCAGCGAAGACGACGACGACGAUGAUGAUGAAGAUGAUGCGUACUUUGAAGGAAAUGUUGAUGCCUACUCAGAUUACAUGAAAGGAGAUGUUGAUGGUAGGCAAAUCAUGGAAGGAAAUGCUGAUGAUGAAGAAGCCGUCGAAGGCGAUCCAUGAUAAGCAUUGCAUUGACAUUGACUGUGAUAUCAAGUCCCCAACUGAAGCCAGCAGCUCCUAGCUACUGACUGCAGGAUGUGGUGUUGACUUUUGUCUAUUUUGGUAGAGUAACAUAUGACUCCUAGCUACUGACUGCAGGAGGUGUGUAUUUUGUGCAUAUGGUGAUGACAUGUAUGCAUCAAACAGUAUAGCCACUUAGAUUAUAUGUAGGCUGCAUGAUGCA